AUGGCCCGGGAUACAGUGGAUGACCUUGGCUGUAAGCCUCACUGCAGGGAGGUGAUUUUCCUAGCUUGGAAUUCAUCCAUGGAGCCCUUUAAGCUAGUCCUGCUGCAACUGAAGCUCUUUCUGAUACUCCUGAUGGGAGCAGCUGAUGUGUGUACGGGAGCUGGAGAGAAAGGAUGGAAGGGAGAAGGCACUACCCCCCAUCUGGAGAGUAUCUUCCUGGGCAGAUGUAAUGAAUUCAUCUCUCUGGGGAAUCCAGAACUCUGGGACAAAAACUGCUCAGCAAUAUGGGAAGCCUUUAAAACUGUGUUCCACAAGGAUCCUUGCUCUGUAUUACCUUCAGACUAUGACCUUUUUAUUAACCUCUCAAGACAUUCCAUUCCCAGAGAUAAGUCAUUGUUCUGGGAAAAUACCUAUGAUGUUGUUAUUGCUUAUGCUCAAAGAGCUCAACGACUUACACCUGUAACUGAUGUGCUAUAUGGCAGAAUUGGAGAUCUCUUGAAUUGGUGUCGAAAAGAAAAUGGCUCAGAGCUUGAUUACCAGUCGUGCCCUGCAAUGGAAGAUUGUGAGAACAAUGCUGUGGACUCCUUUUGGAAGAGAGCAUCUGCACAGUAUGCACAUGAUAGCUCAGGGGUGAUAUAUGUUAUGCUGAAUGGUUCAGAGCCAUCUGGAGCCUAUCCAGUGAAGAGUUUUUUUGCAGAUCAUGAGAUCCCCAACUUCCAAAAAGACGAAGUCACCCGAUUUGAAAUCUGGGUUAUGCAUGAAAUUGGACGACCACAUGUAGAAUCCUGUGGGGAAGGCAGCAUGAAAAUACUGGAAAAGAGACUGGAAGAAAUGGAGUUUAAAUAUGAAUGCAUUAAUGAUUACAGACCUGUGAAGCUCUUACAGUGUCUGGACUACAGCACGCACCCUGAAUGUGCCUUGUCUUCAGCAGCAGAGUCAACUCAACAAAGAAUCCCAUCUCUUUUUGGAGGAGGAUGGGGCUCCAGCCUUGCAUUUUUUCUUUUUGGCACUAACUUCAGGAAUUCAAUUUUAACUUCUUAA